UUUUCAUCUCUUCUCCAAUUCUUCCUAAAUCCUAUUCUUAACUCUCUACUCUCUAAUUCUCUUAUUCUCCAAUAUAUUAUAUAUCUACUCUCUAAUUCUCUUCUCCAAGAAGUUAAGAUGGAAAAUCAAAAUGCCAUUAUACAGUAUAAUUUUGAUAAGCAGAAGGACCCGAAGACCGGGAUGUGGUACGCAAUUUGUAAAUGGUGCGAAAAAAAAUGUAUUAUGGGGGCUUCAGGCGGAUUCGGGAUGGCAAUCAAGCAUAUGAAGUCAUGUGACAAAGCCAAAGGAUCGGGAGGUGCGGG